GCUCAACCCAGCCCCGGAGGUCUUUGUUACUCCAAUUCAUCGUUUCCCGAAGAAAGGAAGGAUGCAGCCUCGGUUUGGAGCCAGGAUAUCACUCAAGAUGGUUUUAAAAUAAUGUUACGCGAAGUUACUAAUUUUAGUGGAAAGCACAAGCUCAUUCGAGUUGUAAGCGCUCUUUAAAUAUGCAUUUUAAACCUUUCUUUAAUUUGCUUCAUAUUCAAAUGUAAGGGUAAAAAUACAAGCUAAUGAGUAAGAUUGAAGUACGAUUGGAAACCUGUGCAUGGAAGUAAAUGGUCAAUAUGUGUCAAAAGGGUCGGAGUUUACCAAGUGUUUCAUGGUGUUUGAUGCAAGUAGAAAUAAACGGGUUCUAAGUCGUUUCAAUUGGGCAAACCUAUGAACAGUUUUAAGAAGGAGUGUCUACAAAAAUAUUAACUUUUUAACAACUUGCCAUAAACACAUUUGGAGCUAGUCACCAUAACUAUCCUACCGCCGACAACCCAUCACCCCCAUAGUUUGACAUUAACCUUUCUUUUUUCUCACAGCAAUGGAUCGCUCUCGUUACAACAACUCCAAAGGGAUGGAAAAUGCCUGAAAAAUCAAAGAUUAUGCUUAAAAACACAGGCCCUCCAGAGAAACGUCUGCAAUACAGUUUCUGCGAGGUGAAGUAGUUCAUAUAACCUUUUUAGCAGGAUAAAAUGAGUAUUGUUGAUUGAAAAUUAGCUUUUGCCCUUAGAACCAUUGCCAGAAAUUAGGGACAAGAUGGCGGUUGCGCGUGCGCACUAAGGCCACAAUGGCUGCGAAUUCGCAUAAGAAAAUGUAUGGAGAUAAGGAAACUUUUUCAAAUAUAUCGAUUAUGAGCUCACGGGUGUUCGGUGCACGACUCGAAACAUGUUAAGUGCUGUGUAACCUUCGCAUCUGGGUUAAAAAUAGCUAAUUAGAAGUAGGUUUACUUACUUCCCGAAGUGGCCACUUUUAUCUCUCGUUGUACGCUCCAUUUCUCCAUACAUUGUCUUAAAAUCUUGCCGAAGUCAUGCGAAAUACUCGUCGAUUAGAGGAUAAACCCUUCACUGAAGUAAAUUUGCACGACUCGAUAUUACUUCUGCGAUGGAAGAUGUUUCCAAAACAGUCGUUAAAAGGACGAUUUUUGCAGUGGAAGAUACUUCCAAAAGGCGCGUUAUUUCCCUCAGUUUUCCAUCUGCAGUCCAGUAAUGGACGCCAUAGUUGCGAAUGACACAUUUCGGUCGGACAAAGCUUCACAACUCCAAACCUCACCGAAUCGCCAUUUUGUUUGUUGCUAAAACUCCAGAGAUGCUUCACGGGAUAUAAACUAGGUUCCAGGCAUUCAAAAAUCCUCGAUUAGCCUACCAGGCUUGGUUUUAAAACAAAAUUGUCACGAAAAUGUCACGAAAAUGUCACGAAAGGUACAUCCGCGUACUGUUUUGUUGCUAUCAGCCGCUCGGCCGAGUAUAAACCUAACAUUUUCUUGCUAGACCGGUUUUAUUCCAGCUUUUUUCCUCGUAAAACGGAUCCACAGAGCUCAAAUUAUUUAAAAAAAUCGCAGGGGAUACGCUUUCCCUGACUACGAUCGUUUUUGUCCGCCAUUUGGAAAUGAGAUUCCGCUGACAAUUAAUCACGGGCGCGAAAUGUCCACGAUUUCUGGCAAUGACUCAAAAUAUACUCUAUUGACUUAGAGUUAUAAGCAAAGGUUCUAUGUACAACUUAUUUCGCAGAAUGUUGCAUUCAAACAGCCUUUUUAUCAGGCUCCAGUUCUUCUGCUUAGCCCAAGCCACAAAUUUAACAGAGACAACUUGCAGUCAGUUGAUCCUGCAAAUAACGCUAUUACUUCAUGGGUAGAGGUAAGUAUUCGAGGCGUUUUCGUUCUUUUUUUUGUUUUUCUAAGGCUUUUUCACACUUGGUGCCCGGCCUCGACAUCGACACAAAAUGCCUCAUGCUGUGUUCAGACGACGGGUACCCGAUAUUGUACAACGCAAAUGCUUGAUUCUUGCAACUGACUCAGAGGCCAUUUUAAACUAAACGUCUCGAGGAAUUAUGGUUAUAGUAAGAAGAGGAUUGUGGGGUCAAAUGCCUCUCGGAACUAGGGCAAACCCACGCGCCCAGGGUACCCAGAGCCCAGCUAAGUGCUGGUAUGAGUGCUAGUCUUGAUAUGUAUGCACAAGACAUACGUGUAAAUGUCAUCCCAAACUGAUUAUUUGUUUUCAGAAGUCUUUUCGUUAGGACCUCUUUGCCCUUAUACAAACAAGUUUCCUGUCAGUAUGAUCUGAAUUUGCCAGUCGUCUCCGUCCCCCCCCAACCACCACCACUCACCACCCCCGGGGGUUAGGUGUAGAGAAGGAGUUGAAGACGGUUGACAUCUCUGACUAGUUUCCUCUAUUAUUGUGAAGAAUCUUGACACCAUUGGAUUCACGGCGUGUGUGAAGGAUUUGCAGCCGUUCGAUCAACACCAUGAUCCAAUAACUGUUCAUUACAUCGCUUUUGGAGGUAAGGAAAUAAAAGAUAAACUUAUCUACGACAGAAUAAGCCUUUUAUCUUCCAAGAAAGGGGCACUAUCGGUGCACUGAAGCCCCUUGCUCUCAUCCUCCCUUUCUUCAUUUUAUUAUUAAUACGGACGGCACAAAAGUUUUGGUAUUUAGCCAGUGGGUAAAACACUGAAGCCUGAAGAUAGGACAAUUGCACGAUUACGUCAUUUAACUAGAUGGCCUAAUGUACGGGAAUCCAAGACAGUCUCCACACCAUCGAUUCCGGAUUCCAGGUACUGGAUUCCGGACCCUUUGUUGGAGGAACUUGGAUUCCGGAUUCUAAUCGUAAGAGGGAUUCCGGAUUCCUCGAGCUGAACUCCGGAUUCCACAGCAAAAAUUUGCUGGAUUCCUUUAUAUGGAGCGAGACUAGAAAUUCCAGAAUCCUUCAACUUCUCGGCUUCUUUUUCAACGUUGGGAUCGAUAGAUUUGACAAAGAGAAAGCAAUGACGCAAUAAAUUCUAUUAUUUCUACCCAAAUGUAUCUUGAAAAUGGCCUAUUCAAUAACGUUAACCACUCCUUUCGCUUGUUACAAUGUCUUUGUAUUUCUUUGAGUCUGUGAAUGAAAUGCGGCUUAUGUGUGACCAUUCAAUGAAAAUUACUGAGAACUUCUCCUUUGCGUUGUAUGGAAAUUUUAAUUUUGUGUGCUUUUCAAUAAAAAUUUAACUGAGGUGUGUGGUCGAAAAAAAUUCAGUGCUUUCUUAUAUUGCUGCUCAUCAUCGUAUACAAGGAGGUCAGUCUAUUGAAAGGAAAUUUCACUCUAUAAUAUGCGCGAAUGAUCCCCAUAAUUAAGCCAUAAAAUAGCUGACAGAAGUAUGUUUGACAGCAUGUCAUCGUCGUUGAUAAAGCUUUCUUUCUCUUUAGAUCUAGAUCCUUGCGAUAAACUUCAGUGUUCAUUUUAUGCCAAAUGCAAAGCCUAUGGUCCAUAUAAUGCUUCCUGCGUGUGUGACGAGGAUUCCGACAUUCCUAAUUAUGACGACCAGGUGUGUUCGCAGGAGAAGGUUACCUAUCAGAAUUCAGCAUUUUUAGAGCAGGAGUCGUGUUUGAAGAGCAGAAAAAUUAAAGUGAAGCGUCCUGGAAGUUGUGAACGUAUGUUUUUUAUUAAAAUAAACGAAGGGGAGAAAUUAGCUAUUCAGCCAUACUAGCACGUUCAUGCAAGGGCGGGAAAGCUGCACCGGCAAAAUGCGCUGGAACGUUUGGUAGACUGAAACAAAGAUUUUUCUAUUGCGUCUACAGGUGACUGAAGUAAGCAUUUUAAAUUGGAAUUUGUUCUUAUUUUUCAGCGUUUUUAUUUUACCGAGGUCGCACCUUUGUUUAUCUUGGAAACUCUGAAGCACAUUGCCGACAAGUAACACUUGAAAACUCCAUUUUCCUCACUCACAAGUUUGUUCAUGUUCAGCUGGCGUCCAACUACUUUAACACAUCCGGGCAAUUCACACAAGCCGCGGGAGCCUGGGCUGAAGAAGUUUUAGCUUCAAAAUUUCUUGUUUGCGUGCUCACUGCUGGGAGACUCGACCGCUUACCUCCUGACGGCGGGCUCACUUUUGUGGAUUUUGUAUUGUAUCAAGGGAAUCCAUUGGGUUCAGUAACUGGACACGUGGUUUUGCCAAGUUGGUGGGAUGGUACAACGUGUAACGAGGUCAGCUUGCCACAAGUACUAUAUAGCUUCAAGUAGUAAAUGCAUGCGACUCCCCAUUUUGCCCAAAAAAUCAGUGCCCCGAUAGAUAAAGUUGAUCCAUAGAACUUAGAGCACUUUUCCACACGAAAAUGGAAGCUCCCCUCCUUCUAUCGGAACGCAUUCCAAGUAUAAAAUAUGAAAAAGCAAAGCAAAACGUCAUUAAACGGUCAAAAAUACCAUUUUCCGGUCUGUGGGUUUUGCUGACUGGUUUGUGGGACUUAAAAGAUAUUUUUAUUACGCGCCAAAUUCGUUCUUAACCCUUUCACUGCCAAAUGUGGCCAAAGGCAAAUUUCGUCCAAGUUUCCAAGUUUCAUUGAAUAAAAUCUUGACAAACAAAUAGCACCAUGUGUAAGUACAGGCAGAGAGCUUUCAUUUGAAUGGUCACAUCAUAGGAUUUCGUCCACAGGCUCAAAAGUUAGUGUCACCUUACAAAACUCCAUCAAACACUCUGGCAGUGAAAGGGUUAAAAUGACUGGUGCGGUGACAUGCUAUGAGUACAUGAAAUUUGCUCGCUCUCGGUUGCGGACUCUUGCGUACGGGGAAUAGUAUGUCCAUUCAAGAGAGAAACAGCUCAUUCACCGCUCCCCUGGUCCACUUCAAUCAGCUACAAUAUUUUACGCUUGAGUCUCACUUGUUCUCAUCUGACCUCUGUUAUUCCAAAGGACAAGUUUCCGCAGUCACCCUACGUUCUGGUGUCCAGUAAACAUAUUUACAGUGGUCGCAAACAUGACGCUGCAACUGUCUGGGCAGAAAACAUCGAGAAAGGGAAAUUUACCGUGUGUUUGCGGGAAAUGCAAAAUUUUGAUGGCAUGCACGAGAAUAUAACCGUUGUAAGUAUUUCACAGUUUUGUAUACGUACUGACUCACUCAACUCCCUUUAGUUAUAGUCGACGUUGUAGGGACCUCGAGUUAGUUUCCUCAUAAGCGAGAGUCUGUAAUACCGUUUUUUUUUAUAAUACAGUCAAACGUCUACUUCACUGUGUUUAUAUUUGUCUGGGAUUUAGGUGCUGUGCGUAGUAUUCUGAUCGGGGUGUCCGUUAUAGAGAGGUGUCCGCAAGGCGGAAGUCGACUGUUAAUAAAUUUGGCUGCUGUUUAAAACGUAGACUGCAAAACAGUCGAUUUUUUCUCAAAAUCAGUAACUCGCUCUCUGUUUUCAGCCUCAUUGCAGACCUUUUGUUUGACUGCUGGCGCGUAUUUUAAUACGCAAAAAUACGGACUGUUUUGCAGUCUAUUUACCAAGUGGGUCAACCUUUUUUUAAGUCAUUUCUUCCUUAAAUUUCCUCAAGAGUUUUUUCGGGUUUUGUUGUAAAUACAACGAUUAUAAAAAAUAAACCCCCAUUGCAGGUCAGUUAUCUCAACCUUUUUUGUCAAGAACUUGGCUCAAAUAUACAGAUACUGGACAUGGCGAUGUUUCGCCGUUUUUACGUGUAAACAUUGUAGAAGAGACAUUUGCACCCUUGCGUUAUUUCCCUUUUUUAUUUCUUGUUUUUGCUGUAGGAUUGGAUGGCAUUUCUUGAGUUACCAGAGGAAAUGAACGCAGAAUGGCAUAACGUUACAUUUACUAAUAAUCCCGGACCCGAGUUAUUAAGUGUAACUAACUACGCAUUUUGCCUUGUGAGUCGACUCAAUCAGUGGUAAAAUGUAAUUCAAUUCACGGAAGGCAUCGAAAAGAAGCAGGCCAUAGCAGUGCUAAUUACUGGCCUGGGGAACAAGCUUUUAGUACAGGGGUUGGUCCUCUGUUCUUAUUAGGGUCUAUCAGUAAGACAUUAAUUGAUUUUACGAAAUUUUUUAAGAGCCGGAAAAGUAUAGUAAACUUACUCGCGUGGUUUCUUAUAAUAUCUUUCCAAAAAAGUCAAAAAAAGUCCUCCUAUAGCAGGAGCCCAUAGGGUAAAUGGGCCCUUGGUCAUAGCUUGUGCAAGUUAGAGUUCGCUCAUAGUUCUUUUUCUCGACUAGAUGAAGUCUCUGUGCAAUUCUUCUUGUCACAUUGCAUUUCAUACUUCAACCUUAAGAGCAGGGGAGAGUCAUGCGCCUUUGUAGUUCACUGUUCUAGCUCGCUUAGCUAUAAAUGAUUUCAAACGGUCUUUCUAUACAAAUCACUUUUGAAAUGUUAAAUUUAUCUUGACAGACUGUCAGCUUAACCUCAAUUUUCUCGGAAGCACCGUUUGUAAUCGUGUCAGGUAGUCACAGCACUCAUCACGGAAGAAUGCCUAUUGAACACAAUAGUAUUGCAACAUGGGUUGAGGUAAGAAGAGAAACUCAUUUUGUUAUAUAUUGGGAAAUUUUUCCCAACAGGGCGCGCUCUCAUUGGUUACUUUGAGGUCACAUGACAUCUAACAAUGAAACUGUUUUCUGCCAAAAUCUCUGAGCGGGCAAAAUCGCAAAAUCUAUGACGUCAGAGGGUAAUGUUACCCGCGAAUUUUGACGGACGACCGCCGUUACAGGAGGUUUAAGCUUUCCCCACCCUAACCGCAAGCCACACAGAUGUCUGGUUAGCUUUCUAUUAGAAGAGCGCCCGUCGAAUAAAAGGUCCUGGUUUCGAAUUCUGGCCAGACCACCAAACAGGGUCUUUGAACUGCAUCAUGUGGCACCAAAAGAGAAUCCGUUAAGAAAGAGAUUCUUCCAUCUUAGUCUUUAGGAUUUUGGUUCAACCUUUCUUUGCCAGGACAUACACCAUGAUCGGUAAUCGCCGCAAUAUGUAAGGCGUUCCCUCGUACCCCCUUUUAAAUCCACAUAGACACUGACAUUGUUCCUCGUUUUCCCUUUACAGAAUAUUAACAUGUUCUAUUGCCGUGUGUGUAUGAAAGAGUUGCAUAAUCCUACUGGCUAUGAUCCGGUGUCCAUUACAUUGCUGGCAAUAGGUAGGAAUCCUUAC